AUAAAACACGCGCCCCCAUUUCGCCUCCCCUCUCCCUCAACAGCACGCACCCACGCUCUCCCCGAGUCCCCGAUCGCAACCUCUUCCCCUCCCCCAGGGUUACCCCGAUCCGAUCGCUUUCCCCCCCAAGGCGAGAGGAAGAUGAGGGAGAUCCUGCACAUCCAGGGCGGGCAGUGCGGGAACCAGAUCGGCUCCAAGUUCUGGGAGGUGGUGUGCGACGAGCACGGCAUCGACCCGACGGGGCGGUACGUGGGGACGUCGGACCUGCAGCUGGAGCGCGCCAACGUCUACUACAACGAGGCGUCGUGCGGCCGCUACGUGCCGCGCGCCGUGCUCAUGGACCUGGAGCCCGGCACCAUGGACGCCGUCCGCACGGGGCCCUACGGACAGAUCUUCCGCCCCGACAACUUCGUCUUCGGCCAGUCCGGCGCCGGCAACAACUGGGCCAAGGGCCACUACACCGAGGGCGCGGAGCUCAUCGACUCUGUCCUCGACGUCGUCCGCAAGGAGGCCGAGAACUGCGACUGCCUCCAGGGUUUCCAGGUCUGCCACUCGCUGGGCGGAGGCACGGGCUCCGGCAUGGGCACCCUGCUCAUAUCCAAGAUCAGGGAGGAGUACCCGGACCGGAUGAUGCUGACCUUCUCCGUCUUCCCGUCCCCCAAAGUGUCGGACACCGUGGUCGAGCCCUACAACGCCACGCUCUCCGUCCACCAGCUCGUGGAGAACGCCGAUGAGUGCAUGGUGCUGGACAACGAGGCGCUAUACGACAUCUGCUUCCGCACUCUGAAGCUGACCACUCCUAGCUUUGGUGAUCUGAACCACCUGAUCAGUGCCACCAUGAGUGGUGUCACCUGCUGCCUUCGCUUCCCAGGGCAGCUGAACUCCGACCUCCGCAAGCUUGCUGUCAACCUGAUCCCUUUCCCACGCCUGCACUUCUUCAUGGUGGGCUUCGCGCCACUCACCUCGCGUGGCUCCCAGCAGUACCGCUCCCUCACCGUCCCCGAGCUGACCCAGCAGAUGUGGGACUCCAAGAACAUGAUGUGCGCUGCGGACCCACGCCACGGCCGCUACCUGACGGCCUCGGCCAUGUUCCGGGGUAAGAUGAGCACCAAGGAGGUGGACGAGCAGAUGAUCAACGUGCAGAACAAGAACUCGUCCUACUUCGUGGAAUGGAUCCCUAACAACGUCAAGUCGAGCGUGUGCGACAUCCCUCCGCGUGGCCUCUCCAUGUCCUCCACCUUCGUUGGCAACUCCACCUCGAUCCAGGAGAUGUUCCGGCGGGUGAGCGAGCAGUUCACGGCCAUGUUCAGAAGGAAGGCCUUUUUGCAUUGGUACACAGGUGAGGGCAUGGACGAGAUGGAGUUUACCGAGGCCGAGAGCAACAUGAACGACCUCGUCUCCGAGUACCAGCAGUACCAGGACGCGACCGCCGACGAGGAGGCUGAUUAUGAGGAUGAGGAGGCUGCGGCAGAGUGAGGCGGCCCGCUGCCAUCAGUUGGCGCAAUGAUAUUUGCCUUGGGCUUUCUUUGAAUCGCCUGUCUAUGUAUGGAGUGUUUAUCCUUGAUGCUACUGCCACUAGUACCUGCCUCAACUUAUGCAGCUUCUCUUGCAUGAUGCUCCUAUCUUUUGGUGCUUGGUUUGUACGCCAUGGCAUAUGUCGAGUGGCCUGUAAACAGGGCAAGAGUAUCUUGUUGCCGUUUGUGCGACGAUGAGUUCUGUAUGAUUGCCCUAAAAGACUGGAAAUCGAAUGCUCAAGUGAGAUGCUGUUUCUGAA